UCAUUUUUGGGUGAAGUAUCCCUUUAAGAUCGCUGUAUUCCUCAUUAUAACAUGCGCAUUACAUCAAUAUUUAUAAAUAUUAUUAAUUCAGUUAACACAUUUUAUGGGUUAUGUUUCAAAUAGCUUCCAGCUUUGUGUGUUUUCAUGCUUUUAAUGGAAGUCUGACAAACACGAAAUACACAUGGCAGCUGCUCCACUGACUUUGAAAAGAAUGAUAAAAAAUGUACUUGGGUGAAUUAUAUGUAUUGAUGGACAUGUGCUCAAUAUCUUUAUAUUGGUUUAUUUAUCUCUUCUGAUGUUGUUGAGUUUAAAAUAAUAUUUGCAGGCUGUGCUAUAAUCCAGCCACAUUAUGUAUCAUGUGCAUUGUAGAAAAAAUGAGAAAUAUGUGUAUCUUUCUCAGACUUAAUAACGGUUAAAUAUGACGACGUCUUGGAGUGAUCGGCUCCAAAAUUAUGCUGAACUUCCAGCCAACAUGGAUGGUUUAUCGAUGAAGAAGUACAGAAGAGAUGUUCAUCACAGCUUACCGCAGGAACUGGCCCAUUGUCAUCCUUCUAUGAGAGUAUUUGUCAACAGAAGUUUGGCAAUGGAGAAGAUCAAAAGCUUCGGCUUUGACAUGGAUUACACUCUAGCAGUUUACAAAUCUCCAGAGUAUGAAUCACUCGGCUUCGAUCUGACUGUGGAAAGAAUGGUUUCCAUUGGUUACCCACAAGAGCUGCUAAACUUUGUCUAUGAUCCUGCUUUUCCGACAAGAGGCUUGGUUUUUGAUGCAUUGUAUGGAAACCUGCUGAAAGUAGAUACAUACGGAAACAUCCUUGUGUGCGCUCAUGGUUUCAACUUCCUCCGUGGUCCAGAGAUAAGAGAGCUUUACCCAAAUAAAUUCAUCCAGCGUGGAGAUACAGAGCGAUUCUACAUCCUCAACACACUCUUCAACCUACCAGAGACAUACCUUUUUGCCUGCCUGGUUGACUUCUUCACUAGUUGUGACAGAUACAAAAGUUGUGAAACAGGCUUUAAAGAUGGAGAUCUGGAGAUGUCCUUCAAGAGUAUGUUUCAGGAUGUCAGAGAUGCUGUGGAUUGGGUCCAUUUCAAGGGGUCACUGAAGGAGAAGACAGUCGAGAAUUUUGAAAAAUAUGUGGUGAAGGAUGCCAAAUUGCCCCUGCUUUUAAGUCGAAUGAAUGAAGUUUCCAAAGUGUUCCUUGUUACCAACAGUGAUUACAAAUACACAGAUAAAAUCAUGAAAUACUUGUUUGAAUUUCCACAUGGUCCAAAGGCGGAUACACCUCAUCGGCCCUGGCAGUCCUACUUUGACCUCAUUUUGGUGGAUGCCAGAAAGCCUUUGUUUUUCGGGGAGGGAACAGUCCUGAGACAGGUGGACACGACCACUGGGAGGCUGAAGAUCGGGACAUAUACAGGUCCCUUGCAGCAUGGCAUAGUGUAUUCUGGUGGUUCCUCGGACAUAGUGUGUGAUCUGCUGGGAGCAAAGGGGAAGGACAUUUUGUACAUCGGUGACCACAUCUUUGGGGACAUCCUUAAGUCAAAGAAGCGUCAGGGAUGGAGAACAUUUCUGGUGAUUCCUGAGCUGGCUCAGGAGCUGCACGUGUGGACUGACAAGAGCUCACUGUUUGAAGAGUUGCAGAGUCUGGAUAUUUUCCUGGCAGAGCUCUAUAAGCAUUUAGACAGUAGCAGCAAUGAGAGGCCUGAUAUCAGUACACUUCAGAAGAGAAUUAAGAAAGUAACCCAUGACAUGGACAUGUGCUAUGGGAUGAUGGGAAGUCUGUUCCGCAGUGGCUCUCGUCAGACUCUGUUUGCAUCUCAAGUGAUGCGUUACGCUGAUCUGUACGCUGCGUCCUUCAUCAAUCUCCUGUACUAUCCCUUCAGCUACCUGUUCAGAGCCGCCCAUGUGCUGAUGCCUCACGAGUCAACUGUGGAGCACACUCACGUGGACAUUAAUGACAUGGAGUCGCCCAUGGCAACACGCAACCGCCACUCGAUUGACUUCAGAGAGAGAGAGUGUAAGAGACACCAGCUGACCCGCUCCGUAAGCGAGAUCAAUCCACCCCACCUCUUCCCUCAGACCCCGCAGGAAAUCACCCACUGCCACGAUGAAGAUGACGAUGAAGAGGAGGAAGAGGAAGAAGAAUAAGUUGACCUUUGACAUCACUGUUAACUGGAUCCUGGUUCUUAACACAUGCAUCUUCUAUUUCAAUAAGUAUGUUUAUAGCAUUCAGCCAUAUAUUUUACAAGAAAUAGGAGUAUGUUUAUUUCUUGCACUGUCUAUUCUAAAGAUUACUGUACCAGUUUCAGUAUUUAGAGUUUAACGUCUGAAGAGAGUAUGAAGCUGAACUGGGACUUUUGUAAAUCCAGCUUCUUAUUUUUAAUAAGGUAUACUGUAUUUGUCUGUGAGCCUUGGUCUCACUUAAAAACGUAAUGUUUUGGUGACACGGCAAUGUGAAGACAGAAUUUGUGUACAGUUCCAACAAAUGACAUUUGCAUGAUAUUAAGGGAACAUGUAAAAUGGUUACAAAUUCUGUCGCUGGUCUAUUUAAGCUUGUGAAUAUAGCAUGCUUACACUCAUAUUGUGGCUUCAUGGAGUAUAAUAGAUUGCAUAUUUUCAGCAAUGAGCCACAGAGCAUGCUGGGAAUUAUUACCUUAGUAAUGUCACAACAACAAUGAAAGCUUAUUCAGUACAAAGUUGCUCUCCGCUGAAUGAUCUUUUCUUUCAUUAGAACUGUUAGUAUGCAAAUCGCUGUCAUGUUUAUCGGUGAUCCGACCAUACAUUGAAAUAAUGCAACUGUUGACAUUUUAUGUAUUGGUGAAGUGUUGGUUUCAGGUUUCUUAGGAGUCGUAGGAUUCAACCUUACCUUCACAUUGGUUACUAAACACUUGGAGGACAAAGCCAACGCUGAAAUUUGUCUUAUGCAUUCGCCAUGGUCACUGUGUUAUUAGACCUUGAAUCUAGAUUAUAGAUUAUUUACUGUUUAUAUCCAUCCGUUCCACCGAAUGUUUUCAAAUGAAUAUUAUCAUUUGAAGUAACUUUAUUUGACAUUAGUGUAAAUAGCAUAGCAUUUGGUUGUAGAAGGUAAUUUAGUAUUAAAAGCUGGUUAGAAUGUAUUUAGUUGCAUUUGCUUAUGGACACAAAGCAUUGUGGGUGACAGUGGACCAAAAGAAGGCUCAUCCCUUAAUCACACUCGGUCAUAACAAAUGUUUCUUUGCUGUUGUAAUGUGUUCCGGGGUAGAAACUACAGUAACUAACUAGUCUCAUGAACGUGGACCCAUGUUUGUGUGUCAUAAACUUGAUCAGGGUUCUGUUAUGUAAAGGGUUAAAAACUUGCUUUUUGACUGACACAGAGCUCAAGCCCAGCAGGGUUUUUUUUUUCUUAAAUUGCUUGUUGCUUUGAAUUAAAACCAAUGUGCAUCCACAUGUAAAACUGUAACCGAACUGUAACUUUUGGUUUGUUUGAACAGUAUUUCGGAAGAAAAAAUGGGAAUGUAGUUCAAGUAGCACUCAAGUAGACAUUGCUAUUAUAAUCUAUAAAGAAGCAUAGAGAGAGGUGAUGCAUCCAAAAACUGUUCAGGAUUUUGAGGAUUAUAGAUUGUGUGGCUUUACUGCAUGAUCUUGAUCUAUUUGAGUUUAUAAAAUUCUUACUUCAACAAACAGCCCUAUUUAUGUUUGAUCUUAGGUUAAGUUAAAUCUACUGUACGUGGGGGCUUAUUUGCAUUCAUUAUGUUUGAUUUGUCUGUAUUUUAUAAUUGUUAGACAUUUCUGGGUUUGUUUGAUUUUGUGUGAAUUGAAAACAGUGCUGCCCAAUGUGUGUGAAUUCAAAAUAGUUUCCUAUUUUAUCAAUAUGUAUUUUUCAGGUUUUUUUCUGUUGUGCUUAACAGGGAGAACUGUAUUUACAGACGAUGUCGCGACUGUAGUUUUACCAUAGAUAUAAAUCAGAAUGCCGUCUCAUUACUUUCCAGAGUGUUUUUGUCUGUGACGUGUGCAACACACUGGCUUGGUUUUCAUAUUAUGUCUCUUUUAUAUUAAGUGGUUAUGUGAGAAUAAAGGGCAAAUCUCUGUUUUACUUGAUCAGGGAUCUGUUAUGUAAAUGGUUAAACUUGCUUUUUGACUGACACAGAGCUCAAGCCCAGCAGUUUUUUUUUUUUUUUCUUAAAUUGCUUGUUGCUUUGAAUUAAAACCAAUGUGCAUCCACAUGUAAAACUGUAACCGAGCUGUAACUUUUGGUUAGUUUGAACAGUAUUUCUGAAGAAAAAAAGGGACUGUGGUUCACUCAAGUAAACAUUGCUAUAAGAGAGAAGUGAUGCAUCCAAAGACUGUUCAGGAUUUUGAGAAACUACAGAUUUUCUUGAGGAUUAUAGAGAUUUUGUGGCUUUACUGCAUGAUCUUGAUAUAUUUGAGUUUAUUAAAUUGUUAUUUUAACAAAGUGACAGCCCUUUUUAUGUUUGAUCUUAGGUUAAGUUAAAUCUACUGUACGUGGGGGCUUAUUUGCAUUCAUUAUGUUUGAUUUGUCUGUAUAUUAUAAUUGUUUGACAUCUCCGGGUUUGUUUGAUUUUGUGUGAAUUGAAAACAGUGCUGCCCAAUGUGUGUGAAUUCAAAAUAGUUUCCUAUUUUAUCAAUAUGUUUUUUUCAUGUUUUUAUCUGUUGUACUUUACAGGGAGAACUGUAUUUACAGACGAUGUGACGACUGUAGUUUUACUACAGAAAUAAAUCAGAAUGCUAACAUUA